AUGGGCGCCUCGUCCUUCAGCGAGCCGUUGGGUAAAUGCGACCUUACGACGCUGCAAAGCUUGCAAAAUUAUGGACUCCAAGAGGCAGACAUCAAUCAGCUAUGUGCGCCCCCAAAGGGCUGCCAGGGUUUCCAGGAUUGCCUUAACGUCUAUCUCCUGGCUCGGACGGCCGCAGCCAACACGAAGGCCUCUGACGUCGCCAGAAGCUUGGACGUCGCUUUCAUGCUUUACAACGGCUACAUGGUUUUCAUGAUGCAGCUCGGUUUUGCUGUGCUCUGCGCCGGGUCGAUCCGCACCAAAAACUGCAUGAACAUUUUACUCAAGAACGUCUUGGACGCCUGCGUCGGGGCUAUCGGGUUCUAUCUGUUUGGAUACGCAUUCGCAUUUGGCCUAAAGCCGGGAAGCGACGGCAACGCAGGCUUCAUUGGUAAUUGGAACUUCGCUCUCAGUUACACCACACAGAUCUCACCGGAUGGUGGUUCCGACUUCUCCAGCUCGGGCUGGCACAACUUCUUCUUUCAGUGGUCGUUUUGCGCCGCCACCACCACCAUCCUGUCGGGUGCAGUGGCGGAGCGCUGCAACUUCAUCGCUUACCUGCUCUACAGCUUCUUCCUAUCCUCCUUUGUGUACCCGGUGGUGGUGCACUGGGUCUGGGGAGCCAAUGGAUGGCUGUCAGUGUACAACACUUCAGACGGCGGCUACCCCUCCAUACUCAAGGUGGGCGCCAUCGACUUUGCUGGGAGCGGUGUCGUACACAUGACAGGCGGAUUUGCCUCUCUGAUGGGCGCCUGGAUCAUCGGGCCCCGCGUGGGCCGGUUCGGUGCUGAUGGGACUGUGAAUGAGAUGAAGGGUCACUCGGCCACUCUGGUGGUGAUGGGCACCUUCCUGCUGUGGUUUGGCUGGUUCGGAUUCAACCCUGGAUCCAACCUCAUCAUUUCGACCCCCCUCGCCGCCCAGACCGUUUCACGGGUGGCCGUGUGUACGGCAAUGUCGGCGGGUGCGGGGGGUGUGGGUAUGCUGCUGUACAAAUACCUCGUGACGCGGUCAUGGGAUACGGUGGCCGUGUGCAACGGCGUGCUAGCGGGCUUAGUGGCGGUGACGGGCGCGUCAGCGGUCAUUGAGCCAUGGGCUGCAAUCAUUUGCGGCCUAAUUGCAGCGGUGCUGUUCUGUCUGUUUGACUACCUGACGUUGUACGUGCUCAAGAUCGAUGACCCCGUCAGCGCCUUCCCUCUUCACGGCGGGGUGGGCAUGUUUGGGGUGCUAUUCCCGGGUCUACUGGCUCGUCCAGAUUACGUACAGCAGGUGUACGGCAGUAGAAUAUGGGGUGUCGAUGCCAAAGAUACCAAGCGGUACGGCAUUUUGUACGGCGGACAUGGCCAAAUUCUCCUCGCCAACUUCAUCGAGCUCGUGACCGUCAUUGGCUGGUCGUGUUUCAUGAUGGGCACCUUCUUCUACCUGCUGCAUAAGGCUGGUUUGCUGCGAGUGAGUGUGGAGACCGAGCUAGUGGGACUGGACGUCAGCCAUCGCUGUAGAAGCCAAGGAGGUGCGUAG